AACGCUUCAACUGGUACAGUGCACGUACAAUAGCGAGACAAAAAAGCAAAAGCUCUGUGUACGGAUAUCGCACAACCGAAUCGUCUGGAUUAUACGUUUUUCCAGUUGUUUAUUGUGUUAUCACCAAUGGUGAUCGGAUACCUUAAUUCUUGAUCACAAACGCUAACGCCAUGAGCGGGAUUCUCAAGAGGAAGUUUGAGGAGGUCGAUGAGGAUCCAUGCUACUCCUCAUCCUCCCCGUCCUCCCUGUCCUCCUCUGCUUACUCCGGGUGGGACUCAGACGGAGAGAGCUGUUACUCUGACACUCUGGACUCCACCCCUAGCAACCCAAGCUCCCCGGCAACCCUUCCAAACACCACCUCCAUACUCAGAAAAGCCAAGAGGCCGCGGAGAGGCAACGUGCAGUUUGACCAGGUUACGGUGUUCUUCUUCCCGCGAUGCCAGGGUUUCACCAGCGUUCCCAGUCGGGGAGGUUGCACUCUGGGGAUGGUGCAGCGGCAUAGCGCCCAGAGACGCUACACGCUGGCUGAAUUCGCUGUGGAGCAACGGAUCCUCCGCCAAGAGAAACUGAAGAACAGGAUAAGAGAGGAGAAACUGGAGGCCCUCAAACAGAAGCUGACAAAGAACGGUACCGUGGAGUCGGCAGAGGCAGACAGGCUAACCGUGGACGACAUCCCAGAGGACGACAUCGACAUCAGCGGUGUUAACCUGGACGACGGCUCCUUCCUGCACCCAUACCCCUCGAAGAAACGGCACGCCCUGCUGAAAGCGGCCGGCGUGAAGAAGAUCGAUAAGGAGGAGAAGCGGGAGUUGCAUGCACUGCGUUUGUCCAGAGAGGACUGUGGUUGUACCUGCCAGGGCUUCUGUGAUCCGGAGACUUGCAGCUGUAGCCUGGCUGGCAUUAAGUGUCAGAUGGACCACUCAUCCUUCCCCUGUGGCUGCACUAAAGAUGGCUGUGGGAACAGGGAGGGCCGCAUCGAAUUUAACUCUAGUCGCGUUCAGACACACUACAUCCACACCAUCAUGAAGCUGGAGCUCGAGAAACGGUUGGAGGAGCACGCUACGGAACAGGAGUCAACACCAGACCAGCAGGCUGAGAACAGUCAGCCUGACCUCCACCCACCAGAGGGCAGCGUUAUGUCAGGCAGUCACACUUUUCAUUUUAACCCAGAGCUAGCAGCAGCAGGGGAAAAUAGCUGUAGUAGUGAUAUGACGGACUCCUCUAGUUCCUCGGGUCAGAGUGAGGAUUCUGAGGCGGGAGAAGACAACCAAGGGGAGCAAUCUCCACUUGAUGUGGACGAGAACGGACUGACGCGAAUCCUAAGCUUUAGCGACACAGACAAUGAGGACUGCUCCGUGAGCAAGAAAGGUGCUAAUGUUGGCGAUGACAACUGCAACCACAGCCAGAACAAGACCCAGCCAUCGUCAACGGGCUUCGGCAUCUUCAGUUCAGCAGAAACCUCGGACAAUAAUGAUGUCAGUAAGACACAAACGCACGCUAACACAGACAACAGACCUACGUCAAUUUCAGAACUCUUAGACGAGAACGCGAACCAAGGCAAUGCGCUUUUCCACUGUGGAACCAUUCCCAACACACCCUCUCCUUCUAUCGAUCAUUCGUCCAGUUACAUGGACCUAAGCCUCUCCUCAGAAUCAGAUCUUGAGUUCUUUGACGGCUUUCCUUGCCUUGGGCCCAGUUCCCUGUACAACUCCCUCAAGGAGUAUGAACACGUGGACAACUUCUUUCAGUUCCAGUUGCCUAAUUACCCCAGCCUGCCACAAGCCAAUGAUCCAGGUACCUGCCUCUUGGAAUCUCUCAUUGGCCUGUCGGAAUCUGUCCCAGAACCCCCUGCCACUUUUACAGACAAUCAACUGCUGGAAGAAGCCAUUAAGUUGUCAGCGAUGGAGUCUGUAAAAGUCUAAUAGGCGAAACUCUUUAACAGACAUUAAUAUAUAUAUAAAAAAAAGAACAUGGGGAUUGUACAUGCACAUUGGGGUUUUGGUGUGAACAGUUUUGAUGUUU